AAAAAAAAAAAAAAAAGAGGAGUGAGUUUACUUACUGUGUAUUUGUUUUAUGGUGAUUUGCAGAUCAUUGAUGGAGCCGACGAAGUUAUCAAUAGCAUUGACAGAGAUGAGUUAGCAAAAUAUUUUGCAUUCAAAAGUGAUCCAGAGGAUGAGGAUGCAGAGAAUAUUAAGAAGAAGAUGGAGACUACACGUGAUCAAUUAGCAGAAGCUCUUUACCAGAAGGGGUUAGCAGUAGCAGAAAUUGAGUUCGUCAGUCAAGAGAAGGCUUCAGCAAAAGCUACAACUGAGGGCUCAGAAGAUGUGGAUGCAAGUGGUGACGUACCUGUUCAGACGCCUGGUGUCCCACCCAAUCUCUUUGAAGAAAAUUUUGCGGAAUUGAAGAAAUGGGUUGAUGUGAAGUCCUCUAAGUACGGUACUCUCUUGGUCAUUCGUGAGCAACGUCAUGGAAGGCUGGGAACAGCGCUGAAGGUACUGAAUGAUAUGAUUCAAGAAGACGGUGACCCCGAAGAGGAAGCUGUUUGAACUAAAGCUGACUUUGCUCGAGGAGAUUGGAUGGAGUCACCUGUUAAGGUAUGAGAGAGAAUGGAUGCAUGUACGAUUCCCGGCAUGCUUGCCAUUGUUUUAAGGAUAUUUUAGUUUGUAUGUAUUCAGCGAUAAACUGUGUACGCAAAUAUAGCGUCUAAUCCACAAGGUGGGUGCUUAUGAUUUCCCGUUUACACUCUUUUCAGAAACUAUAAAUCUAGCAGUUUCACAUGCUAAAGUUUUUUGUGCACUUUUGUGUUACACAAAUUGCCCAUCUAGUCAUGAGCACUUUACCCUA